AUGAAUAGUAAUUUUAUAUUUUUAUUAUUUUUUACAUUUAUACCUUCAAUUUUAACUAUUCAAUGUCCUGAUAAAUAUACUUAUAUUCAAAAUUAUGGAAGUACUAUUGGUGAAUGUAUACAUGUUGAAACAAAUUCUUAUCUAGAUUUUGAUUCUGCUCAACAAGUAUGUAGAAAAAAUAAUGGAAAUUUAGUUUCAAUUUUAAAUGGUAUUGAAAAUAAUGAAAUAUUAAAUUUGGAACAAAAAAUAGAUAAUUUUAAUAAUUGUAAUGGAAAAGUAUGGAUUGGUUAUGAAUAUAUAAAUUCUACUAAUACAUUUGAAUGGAUUAGUGGACAAGAAAAUAUAUAUAAUAAUCUUGUAACUCAAAAAAUAACAAAUUUUUCUCAAAAUACUGGUGUUUACUAUAACUUUAAUAAAAAUAAAUGGUAUACUGCAGACAAAUCAACAAAAUUAUGUUAUAUGUGUGAAAUUUCUGAUUUUCCACAAAGUUGUUUACAAAUUAAAAACCAAAAUCCCUCUGCAAAAUCUGGAACUUAUACUAUAUAUAUACAAAAUAGGAAAACAAAUGUUUAUUGUGAUAUGAAUGUUAAUGAUGGUGGAUGGGUAAGAAUUCAGGAUCGUGAAAAUGAAGAUAUGGUUUUUUGGAAUAAAACGUGGGAUGAAUAUAAAAAAGGAUUUGGUAAUGGUGAAACUAAUUUUUGGUUAGGAAAUGAAUUAAUAUCAUUAUUUACAAAUUCUUUUGAAAAAGUUGAAUUAUUAAUACAAAUUCGUGGUAAUAAAUUAGAUAAAAAUGAUUCUAUGGCAUCAUCAAAUUAUUGGGAAGGACUUUUUACAUUUAAUCUUUUACCUGAAUACACUAAUUACACAAUAAGAAUAUCAAAUUCUUCAGGUAAUGCAACAGGAAAUGGAUGGUAUGAUUUUUCAUAUUCAGAUGGAUGGAAAUUUUCAACAAUUGAUAAAAUUAAUACACCCUACCCACCAUGUCUUACACAAUUUCAUAUGGGUGGAUGGUGGUAUAAUUAUUGUGGUUUAGGGUCUUUAAAUGGUCAAUAUAAUCCACCAAUUGCUGAUGAUAAAGGUUAUGGAUUUAGUUGGUCAAUUGCUGUACCAACAAAAAUUAUAAAUCCAGUUAAAUCAAGAAUAACAAUACGUGAAGUUAUUAAUUGA